GUUCAGCAACUUCUGUAGGAGAAGGAAGUCUGCAGUGAGCAACAGGCUUUUAAACUUUAAAAAGACACACACACUCUUCCAAGAGCUCCCUGGAGUUUGUUUUCUUCUGGCUGGAUCUGAAAGGUUACAGCUUUGAAGGAUGGGUGACUGGAGUGCCUUAGGAAGACUCCUUGACAAAGUCCAGGCCUAUUCCACUGCUGGAGGAAAAGUAUGGCUGUCCGUUUUGUUCAUUUUCCGCAUCCUUCUCCUAGGGACAGCAGUAGAGUCAGCAUGGGGAGAUGAACAGUCAGCAUUCACAUGCAACACUCAACAACCUGGUUGUGAAAAUGUGUGCUAUGACAAGUCAUUUCCAAUUUCCCAUGUACGAUUCUGGGUUCUUCAAAUUAUAUUUGUUUCAACACCCACUCUAUUAUACUUGGCUCAUGUCUUUUACUUAAUGCGUAAGGAAGAAAAACUCAACAGAAAAGAGGAAGAACUUAAGAUGGUUCAAAAUGAUGGCGGUAAUGUGGACAUUUACCUCAAGCAAAUUGAAAUAAAGAAAUUCAAAUAUGGUCUUGAAGAACACGGGAAGGUUAAAAUGCGUGGUGGCUUACUUCGUACCUAUAUUAUCAGCAUCUUAUUUAAAUCAAUUUUUGAAGUUGGUUUCAUUGUUAUCCAAUGGUACCUAUAUGGGUUUAGCCUAGCGGCUAUCUACACUUGCAAAAGAGACCCCUGCCCACAUCAAGUUGACUGCUUUCUUUCUCGCCCCACUGAGAAAACCAUUUUUAUUUGGUUUAUGUUGGUGGUGUCUCUAGUAUCUCUAGGACUGAAUAUUAUUGAGUUGUUUUAUGUCACUUUCAAACAUGUCAAAGAUGGAAUUAAAGGUAAGAAAGAUCCCUAUUCCGCCACAAGUGAUGCAAAUCCUACAAAGGACUGUGGCUCUCCUAAAUACGCUUAUUUUAAUGGUUGUUCUUCUCCAACUGCACCUAUGUCACCACCAGGUUACAAGCUUGUUACUGCAGAUAGAAAUCAAUCCUCCUGUCGUAAUUUCAACAAGCAAGCAAGUGAACAAAACUGGGCUAAUUAUAGUGCAGAACAAAACAGAAUGGGCCAAGCUGGAAGCACUAUUUCAAACACUCAUGCACAGCCAUUUGAUUUUCCGGAUGAUCACCAGAAUGGCAAGAAAGUAGCACCAGGACAUGAAAUGCAACCUCUCAGUAUAUUGGACCAUAGGCCUUCAAGCAGAGCAAGCAGUCAUGCAAGCAGCAGACCAAGACCUGAUGACCUUGAAAUCUAGCUCACUUUCUAUGUUAGAAGGCAAAUUUGUUCCAUGGAGGAGGUACUUCACAGUCUCAAAAGAGAAAUUGAACAGACUAAUAGACUUUUUAAAAUUACUUUUUCAUGAUGUGGGAGGUACACAUUGAUAUUUAAGUAAACGAUUGUAUCCUUUAUUUCAUCAAAGCAUAGUAACAUACAAUGAAACAUAAAACUACCCAUAUGAUCGAAGAUAUUGUUAAACUGAUGGUGGAUCCCAUACUACUUGCAUGAAGAGGAAUUUCUCAUGAGCUAUUUAAUCAUAGUUUGACUGCCUGGAACAGUUUGGAGUUUAACCUGGAGACAAUGCUGAUAAAAAGAGUCAAUAGCAAGGGUCUAAAAUAAAUGUGUUUUUUAAUAGCAGAUAAAGUUUUAGUUUUCAUGGUUAAUCACUUCUUUGUUUGUAAACCCAUUUGAAUCUUAAAAAGAAGGUUGUUUAGGUUCAACCAAAGCAUUAGAUUGGUAGCACCAUGGUAGGUAUAAUUAUAGUUGAGUGUUCAGUAUGACAGGUAACAUUACUUUUGGAUCAUAUACCAUGGGUUACCUUCAUGACCACUAUGUUGAAUUGUUAAGGACAUUAUACUAUAUUUUAAGGUUCACACAGCAUUUCUCAUUUUAUUUCUGCAGUCGUCACUUUAGUUUUAGCCAUCACUGUGAGCAGGUUAUUGACAGUAGUUUUAAUACCCAUGUAUGUGUAGCAUUAUCCUGAACCUUUGCUUCCUAAAUUUCCAAAAAGUGUUAUGUCAUAAAAAAUAGAAUAAUUUUGGCGUUAUAAAUAAAUGACUACAUUAUUAUUCUUUCUGGUGAAAAACUACAGAAACUUAUGGAACUGAUACAGCUACUUUGUUCUGCAGAGAAUGUACAGUACUUCCUGUAGUGUGUUUCCCAGAUAAGUCCUCAUAAGACUUAUUUUAGACUUUUGCAUGAUUUCCUGAUGUUUUCACUUUGACACUUUCUGAAAGUGUUAAAAUUGAAUUGAAAUCCGCGACCAUUUUCAGGGACCAUAAACAAGUGCCUACAUUCACUGCAAAUGUGUGCUCAUAUUAGGAUGUGACCAAAGUUUGAGCAGGACAGAAAUUAGGUACGUGACAGAGUAGUGGGUAAAAUGCUUUUGAAAGCCUAUUUUAUUUACAAUAUUCAGAGAUGCAUACAUCUAUAAUAAUUGUUUAAUAGUUUUCAGAUCACCAGUGUAUCUUGAGUCCCAAUAGUAGAGAAACUGUGUCAUUAUAACCAGCACCCUUGGGCAACACUGCCCUUCAAAAGAUAGAUUGUAACCCCUAAGAUAUAGGGUCAGGGCCUAUCAGAUGCUGGGAAUCAUUUGGAGGCUUACUUGUAUUGCAAGAAAUGUAGUGUUUACAAGAGUUUUGUGCCUUUAAAGCACAGAGUCCUAAAAUUUUUUUCAUUUUCUCUUUGAUACAGAAUGAUAGUUUUCCGUGUAUUCUAUUAAGAAUUUACUCGAUCAGCAUGUGGUAAUGUUGUUAGUGUUUUAUCUGUCUUUUACCAAGACAAAAUAGAUUUAUUGCAUAAAUGUUUUAAUUUUUUGAUGUUGUAAUCAACAAAGCUUGAAUGAUAGUGAUAAUGUAGUACUGUAAAAUACUUUGUUUGCUUAGAGCUGGAAAGAAGUCUUAUAGAGCUGCAUGGGCCGUGAUAAGAGGAUAAAUGUACCAUUUUCUAGAAUCUCAAAAAAUCUCUCUAUGGCAAGAAUGUGGAAUACUCUGAAACUGUGUCCCUUUAUUUUUCAUUACUUAAAGGGGCAUUUUUUAUUUUUUUUGCACAGCUUUGGACAAAUGCCUUUUUAGGCAUGUUUAUAUAUGUCAUGUUCCUUCUGAUUAAGGACCUUCCCCGGAAUAUAAGGUCUCAAGUAUUUCAUUCCAUUUUUUUAAUAUUAGGUUUCCAUGCCAUAGACAUUAUAGCUCAGGAUCUGUUAUUUGUGGACUGAAGGGGUACUUCUCUUGGAGAUAUACAAUACAGAAGAGCCAAGUCAUUUGAAAAUAAGUUUUCUACAAGGGGACAACCCAUAUUCUAAUCAUAUCAAUAGACUCUGCUAGGAAUCUACAGUAUAACUUAAAGAGGUUGUGCAGUGUAGUAAUACUGAUGACCUACCCUCAGGAUAGCUGGACCCCUGCUGGUCUGCUAUUGAUGACAUGCUGAGGAUAGGAUCAUCAAUAUUACAAUAUAUGACAACCCCAUUAACUUUAACUGCUGUUGGCUGACAGCUAUUCCUAGUGAACUCUCUAUACAAAUGCAUGCUUAGUUCGGCAGGCAUGUGUAUUCAAUGGGGAGUGGGAAAUACAUUGCUAAACACCUCUGGUGGCUUAUCUCCCUUUAGAGUAAAGGAUCAAGCCUGUUGAAAAUCAGUAUGUUCGAUCCAGUCUACGUAGCAUAUGAUUGGCUCCUGUUGGCCGAGCAUUUUAUAUACAUUAGAUGGCUUGCCCAACUUAAGUGUAAUGUGUGUGACCAGCUUUAUAGGCUACUUAUCAUUUGAUAAUACUGCACAUGUAAGCAUACAUUCCCUUAAAUAAUGGGGAAGCAUAGAGUGAAAUAUACAAAGAAGAGCCAUCUAGGAGGAAAUACAUUUCUGCCUGAAGAGCCCAAUUUUGUGAAUUUAUUUUUGUAAUUAUGUACUGUACUCUAGGCUUUAUUACUCUGAAGAGACUCAAUUUGUAAUAUUAAUUAUGAUCUGGUUGCUUCCAACCAUUUGUAAUGUUUGCACUUGGGAUAUGUUUAGAAUGCAAGUCUGGAAAAAUACUCGUUCAUUAAUACACCUCUGGCUAAUUUAUUGUAAACCCCACAACUGUUAAAUUCACUGAGUGCACAAUUGUAGAGCACUAGGGGUUAAACGUCUCUACUUAAUAUUCACAGUGCCAUUAUCUUCCUCUAGAAAUAAAGAUCCAGAUAGGGUGAAGUGUGUAUGACUAUUAAUAUUUGAAAAA